AUGGCGCACAAUGAGCCGGGAACUGGCACCGCCGACGGUGAAGAGUACGAGACCGAAGAUUCAGGCUUCUAUGAAGACAUCUCCCUCCUGACUGAAUCCCUCCGCUCGUCUAUCUACCACUAUAGAUACGAAAAUGGCCGCCGAUAUCAUGCCUACAAGGAAGGCUCGUAUUUCAUGCCCAACGACGAACCGGAACAAGAGCGCCUGAACAUGCAGCAUGUCGCAGGGUAUCUUGCUCUCCGAAAGCGCAAUUUCCUCGCUCCGCUGUCCAACCCUGGCCGGAUUUUGGACCUCGGAACCGGCACGGGGAUCUGGGCCAUUGAGAUGGGGGAUCAGUUCCCCGACGCUGAUGUCCUGGGGGUUGAUUUGAGCCCUAUCCAACCCAAUGCGGUGCCGCCCAAUGUCAAGUUUGAGGUGGACGAUGUCGAGGAUAACUGGACGUUCCACGAGAAUUCUUUCGACUUUAUCUUUUCCAAGGAUAUGUUGGCGGGCAGCAUUGCCAAUAUUAGGAACUAUUUGGAGCAGGCGUAUAAGCAUUGCAGACCAGGCGGAUACUUGGAGCUCCACGAAUUCAACAUGGACAUCCGCAGUGACCACUACACCAUUCCAGAAGACAGCAACAUCAAGCAGUGGCGCGCGCUGAUGGAACAGGGAAUCCAAGUCAUGGGCCGCCAUCUGGACCUCAAGUUCGAUGAGAUAGCAAACUUGCUGCGCGAGGUUGGGUUCGAAGAUGUCACGGUCAGGCCGUACAAGCAACCAAUUGGACAAUGGCCGUCAGACCCGGUCCUGAGGCAAUCCGGGACAAUUCAACUCCUAGCCUUGCUGGAGGGCUUGGAGAGUAUGAGUCUUGCUGUCUUCUCGCGUUGCUUGCACUGGUCCAACAGGGACGUGGAGGUCUUGCUCGAGAAGACCAAGCGGGAAUUGACCCUGCGUAGGGCUUGCUAUUAUUGGCCUGGGUGA